AUGGAUAAGAAUAAAUUACAAGGAGGCAUUGCAGCCAUGGCCAAAUUCUCAGUACUCUCACUCUGCUGCAUGUUUUUUGUGAGUUUGGUCGUCAACAUAAUUGAGGCUGCCCCUCGAAGCUCUCUUGUCACUCAUCUUCCUGGUUUUAAUGCUACCUUUCCAUCCAAGCACUACUCUGGAUAUAUAACCACAGAUGGAAAGAAUCUUUUCUACUACUUCGUAGUUUCAGAAAAGAGCCCAGAAAGUGAUCCGGUUGUUCUGUGGCUCAAUGGUGGACCUGGCUGCUCUAGCUUCGACGGAUUUGUCUAUGAACAUGGACCAUUCAAUUUUGCAGAAGGAAAACCAAAGGGAGCAUUGCCUGUUUUGCAUCUUAAUCCAUAUAGCUGGUCCAAGGUCUCCAAUAUAAUUUAUUUGGAUUCUCCUGCUGGUGUUGGGUUCUCUUACUCUCAAAAUCAAACCAAAUAUAUAACUGGGGACAUCCAAACUGCUUAUGAUACCCAUGCCUUUCUCCUCAAGUGGUUUCAGCAAUUCCCAGAGUUUCAACCAAACCCAUUGUACAUUUCGGGAGAGUCUUAUGCUGGAGUCUAUGUGCCAACUCUUGCUUCUCAAAUUGCAAAAGGUAUUAAAAAUGGAACAAAACCAACUUUAAAUCUGAAGGGUUACCUGGUGGGGAAUGGAGUCGCAGACCGAAAAUUCGAUGCCAAUGCUUUAGUCCCAUUUGCUCAUGGGAUGGGUCUCAUUUCAGAACAAAUCUUUCAGGAAAUUAUGGCUACUUGUGGUACUGACCUCCUUAAUAUUCCUCCUUCCAAUCGUAGUCUAUGCAACGAAAAGUUUCAACCAUUUAACAAGGCUCUUGACGGACUAAACAUCUACGACACCCUUGAGCCUUGCUACCAUGGCCCUGGAACAGAUAAUAACAAGAAUUCCAAAGCAAAUAAUACAAGCAGCUUACCGUUAAGCUUUCAACAAUUGGGGACGACGACAGAGAAGCCUCUGGGAGUGAGGAAAAGGAUGUUUGGCCGAGCCUGGCCUUUUCUAGCAAACGUAGAAGACGGCAUUGUCCCAUCGUGGCCUCAGCUCGCAAAGACGCUGAAUUCCCGUGUUCCUUGUGUUAAUGAUGAAGUCGCAACGCUAUGGCUGAACACUGCAGAAGUUAGGGAAGCAAUUCAUGCAAAACCAGAAAGUGUGGCUGGUCCAUGGGAGUUAUGCACAGAUAGAAUAACUUAUUCACGCGAUGCUGGAAGUAUGAUCCCUUACCACAAAAACCUUACAACCCAAGGUUAUAGAGCACUUAUUUUCAGUGGAGACCAUGAUAUGUGUGUUCCGUACACUGGGAGCGAGGCAUGGACUGCAUCACUUGGAUAUAAGAUUGUGGAUGAAUGGAGACCUUGGCUCUCCUCUGACGACCAAGUUGCUGGCUACUUACAAGGAUAUGCAAACAACCUCACCUUUCUCACCGUCAAGGGAGCUGGACACACUGUCCCGGAAUACAAGCCACGGGAGGCACUCGACUUCUUUCAACGCUUUUUGGACGGAAAACCCAUUUGAUUGACAAUAAUGCGACGAAAUCGACCAAGCUCAAGCAACUGCCGUUCCUUUUUUAUUUUCAC